CACCUUGUCACUACACACUUCCCGACUUCCUCCGAACCUGUUCACAGCGCGAAAGGGUGAGUGGCUUGUGUAUCUAUUUCUUAUACAAUUGGUUCAUUUUUCUAUGUUCUGCGCCCUCAAUUGUCUCUCUGGGAACUAACUCAUCUCAAAUCCAAUUAUCAGAUGCUGUCUCAACGGAUCUUGGCCCGGCGCCUGCCCCAGGUGACCGCUCGCGUCACCAUCCCCCGUGCUUCUUUCUCCCAAGUUCGCAGCCUGGCUGCGCCAGAGCUCGAUGAUCCUUUGCAGAACGGCAACUACCAGAAUCCUCCCCGUAUGAAGCGGGCCUUCAGAGAUCCUUAUGGCGACUGGUGGGAUAAGCAGGAGCGACGCAACUUCGGCGAGCCCGUCCACGAGGAGAACGAGAUUCUAGGUGUCUUCAGUCCCGAACAAUAUACCCAUGUGACGCCUGGCAAGGGUAUCCUCCAGAUCGGAGCUUUUGUUGUGGCCUUCCUGGGUCUAUGCGGCACCGUCAGCCUUUUCUACCCUGACAAGCCCAGCGUUCCCAGGACCUUCCCCGGCGGCUUGGAGAAGGAGCUGGGCGGACCCAAUGCUCUUACCGCCCGUAAAUCCGACGAGGACUCGUGGUGAUCGAUUCUAUUCUUUGAUGCUAUGUAAAUAAGUACAAUAUGAUUUGCGUUAUCGUCUUCAGCCUUCCGUGCGUGGUCUCGGCCAAGGUCGAUGCACGAGGAAAUAAUUAUCUUCGAUUGCGAUUUUUCCAAGCGGGCCUCAGAUGCGUAAGGAUUCGCAUCGCCUAGCUAUUACCAUCCCGCAGUCCUCAUGUGAAUAGGUCAGGGCAUGCAUAGG